UACAAACUUGAAGACUGUGGAGGCCGUUUCUAUUUGGAAAGCAGCAGUGUCAGAGCGUUAUCAGAGUGGAACGGCACAGAGGCUUGUUCUUUGCCACAACAGUUCAGCCAAGCCAGGAGAGCGGACGCACGCACAGCUGCAAUAUUGUUUCAGAACACAGCACGGGCGAGAAGAGUUUUGAAUUUUGCGCACGACGUGGAAAUUGGAAUCGUUUUGUGGAUAGCACGCUGGACUUUUAUUUCACAAGAAGAGAAUACCUGUCUGAACUGGAUGUCCGUGGAAUAGAUGCGCUAAUUCUCUAAGACAAGUGAAGAGGUUUCUUUUUUUCUUUCUUUUCGUUGAGUGGAUAUCUGGAUGUUUGACACCUGUCCGCAAGACAAAUAUGAUUAGCUUCAUAUUUUAAGAACGCACAAUGGCAUUAUUGUAUAGGCAUAAAUGUCACUGUUCGCUAGUUGUAAAUGAUUUAAAUUUCUCUUAGUGGUAGGUUUUUUCUUCUUCAGUGAACUAAGCAGUUAGUGAAACCAAUAAUAGCUCCUUAAUUCAGUGCGUUAAAGCACUGAAACACAUGACAUCAUAUUAACCUCUUUAUUAGAGAGAGGGCAAUUUUGCGACAGUCCCUUUUUUUUAACAAAGUACCUACACUCGUCCCCAAAACAUCUGUACGGGCUUGUUCGGGACACUUUUUCUGAAGGCGAGAGGAGAGUUUCUGCAAGGAGACAGACUCGGAGCUCUCUCACGGAGCGGCGCUGUCCCGCGCGUCAAAGUGCUGAGAGGAGCGAGCGAGCGGUCCCGACCCCGACCGUCCAGUCCAGCGCGCGCUCAUAAAUGCCCAGCCGAUCGAGGGGUCUCGAGGAUGGGCGGCAAGAAGAGCUCGUGCAUUCUGCUGCUCGCGGCUUUUGCGGCAUUCCUGCGGCUUGGUAGCGCAGAGGGCGACCCGCUCCCCCCGUCCCUGGUGGACCUGGUGAAGGAGAGCCCCAUCUCCUCCAUAGACGACCUGAAGACGCUGCUGGACACUGAAUCCGUAGAUGAGGAGUCGGACAAUCAAACAACCAAUGACCUCCAACCUAGCGAUGAACAUCACUCCCGAGUUCCCAGAAGUCUCAUUACAUCGAAUGCGGAGGCGGCGCGCCCGGCGGCGUGUAAGGUGCGCACGGAGGUGCUGGAGGUGACGCGCUCCAUGCACGACCGCACCAACGCCCACUUCAUGCUCUGGCCCCUCUGCGUGGAGGUGCAGCGCUGCUCGGGGUGCUGCACUAGCCGCACCUCGCAAUGCGUACCCGUCGUCACGGAGAUCAGGCAACUGCAGAUGAGUAAGAUCACCUACGUGAACACGCGGCCGCACUUCGAGAAGGUCAUCGUGCCGGUGGAGGACCACGUGCGCUGCGACUGCCAACCCCUGACCUCCCCCUACUCCUCCUCCUCCUCCUCCAACAACGCCGCCCGAAAGCCCCAACCCCAUCCCCAACCGGUUACCCAUCCACCCCAGCCUCCUCCAGCGCCCCGCGUGGCCCACAAGCCCGCCCAGCCCCAGGGGGCAGGAGGCUCCUCCCAAACCAAGGAGGACCUGCACCGUCACGACGUGCUGAAGCACAACCAGCGUCUCCACCUGGAGGAGCAGGACGCCCAGGGUGGUGGCGGUGGCGGUGGCGGUGGUGGCAGGAUGUGGCAGAACAGCAAGUACAGCACGUCGCACACAGCCACGGAGCCACAUCACACGCCAGCGCGGCUGGACUACCAGGCCAGCAGGCAGCCUCCGCCCCAGCCGGCGCGGCCACACACACCUGUUUAUCCACAGGCCAACGCGCCCCAGCACCCCUCUUACCACCACCACCAACAGCAGCAGCAACAGCAGCAGCAGCAGCAGCAGCAGCACCGGCGGCAGGAACAGGAGCAGGAUCCUUACUCCUCCUCUUCCUCCACUUCCCUGACUCAGGAGGAGCCCUCCGUGGCCUCGGAGGUCGGGGUGAGGGUGGGGUGGGGUGGGGAGGGCGAGGGAGACGGAGAGGGACAGCAGGGCGUGCCUGUGGCGCCUCACUACAACAGAGACAGAGACAACAGCGGGAGACAACAGGAAGCCGUCCGGCAGCCUCAGCCAACAUUCCAGCACGCCAGCAGCGGUGGCGGAGGGGACGAACACGGCCGGCAGCAGGGUGGGGUGCAGCAGCAGCAGCAGGAAUAUCAUCAACAACAACCGUAUCAACGCCACGACUACAAGCUGACGGUGGAAAACCAACAUGGCCGACAGACUCAGACGCAGCCGAGCACCCACAUGCUGCGGGACAGCACUCACCAGACGCCCACGCAGCACGGAUCGUCCUACCACCACCGCCACGGCCAACAACAACCAGACGCCGGCUCCGCGACUUACCACCACAACAGCCAAUCGGAUAUGGCCAGCAGCGGUGGUCACGGGCACUCGGUCCAAUCGGAGGGCAGCAGUCAGUACGAGGGGCAGGCGGAGGUGACGAGCAGUCCGAGGGGGCAGGGGCGGGGGCAGGGGCGUCACGAUUCGGAGGAGGAGAGGAGGAGGACGCAGCUGGUGGAGGAGCUGGAGAGGGAGAAGGAGAAGGAGCUUCAGGAGGAAGUGAUGUCACAACAGCAGCAGCAGCAACAGCAGCAGCAGCAGGACAGUUAUUAUAAUCAUCACCCGACCUCCUCACAGCGAGCAGUGACAGAGUCUCUGUCCACGCUGCGGCCCGAGAAUACGUCUCCGCGGCCCCAGACAACCCCGAAGCCCCAGGUGGCCCGCCGCAGACGCCGCAAGAACCGCCGGAGGAUCAGCAAGACCACCAUGAGAGCCAUGAUCAUGGUGAUGUCCUAAUGGUGACAGGAGAGAUCCCUCAGGGAAGACGGAACCAAGCGGGAUUCAGGGAGAAAGGAAGA